UAUUCACAGAUUCACACCCCUUCCUCUUCUCAAAAGCUCUGUAAAUUCAAAACCCUGGAGAAUUCUGAAUAAACAAAACCCCAUAGCCCUGCUCCCUCCUCCCUUCUCAGCCUCUAUAUCUAUAAACCACCCUCACGCAUCUCCACGCCCAAUUUUGUUUUCUGGGUAAAAAAAGUUUCACAUAAAAAAAAAAAAAAAGGUAUUCGAUUUCGUAAAUUAAAAUUAUAUAUAAUUUCUGUAUCUGAUAGACGAUUGUUCUGUGUCUCUGCGCCUGUGUCCCCUCCUCGCAUGGACAGCCAUUACUCAUCCCUAUCCAUCUCAACGGUCAGGAUUUGUUCCCUCCCCCAUCAUCGCUCAUUUUCAUGCACCAAAUCACACUCGCUCGCACACCCAUUUAUUGUAUCUCUCUUUUGCUUCUCACUCUCUAUCUCUCUGUGUAGCUAUAGGUCUCUGUAUGAAUGCUAUUAGUUCUGAGUAUUCGUGAUCUAGGGUUUUGAAUUUCAGUAUUUCAAUUUUGGGUUUCUGGAAAUUUCUCAAGCUGUUUGGCCUUUGCUCACAAUGCUUGGUUUGUACGGACAGGGAGGGAGGAGAUGAGGUGGGGGAGCGGCGGUGAAUGCAGAGGCGGUGGUGGAGUGGCAUUGGGUGGUAAUUUUGUCUUCUGUUUAGGGGUUAUUUGUUUGAUGAUAUGGGCUGUGGUGUCUCCAAAGUAGACGACUUGCCGUUGGUGACUCUCUGCAGGGAGCGGAGGGACUACAUCAAAACGGCGUCGGAUACCCGCUACGCCCUGGCCGCGGCCCACCUAACUUAUUUCCAGUCGCUCAAGCGAAUCGGCGACGCGCUUUGCAAGUUCGUUGACGAGGACCUAGUCAUCGGCGGCGCCGGCGGGUCGUAUUCGCUGCCGGAUUCUCCGGUUCUUACAUUGCCCUCCGACGAAGGCAAGCCCGGGAAAGGAAAGCCCCAAGGGAAAAGCUCGUCGUCGUCUUCGAUUUCACUCUCGCAUAGUUUCGAGGACGUUGAAGACUCUCACUUGCACUUAUCCGAUUCGGAUUCUGACUUGGAUUCGGGUCAUGUCCACAUUGAGAGCAGCCCCGAACCGGAGGUACCGUCUUCUUCUUAUAAUCAGCCUCCGAAUUUUGUUUACUCUCCGAAUUCAUCUGGUGCUGUUUACCCUCCCAAUUCCUCUGGUUAUGGUUAUGACCCGACUUCGUCCGGUUAUGGUUAUGACCCGACUUCGUCCUUUGGAAAUUACCCGAAUUCGAAUAUGUAUUACAUGAGAAGAUCAGAGACGCCGGCGCAGACGUUUUAUUAUGGAGAGCCGGAGAGAUUUCCGGUCCAAAAUGGGCCGUCGUCGGAUUCUUAUUCCGGUUAUGGGGGAGGUGGGUUUUUCGGGUUCUCAAUGGGCUCACCGGCGGCCAGGGAGGAUCCGUAUAAUGCGCAGCCCGGCCCGCAAAAGCCGGGUCCUCCACGGGAGCCGCCUUCGCCGCCCAAAGCUUCUUCUAGCUGGGAUUUCUUCAAUGUGUUUGAUGGUUAUGACAAUGGUGGUUACUUGAGUUACUUUCCGGGGAGUAGGUAUGGCAAUGGGAGCUCGGCGGCGAGUAGUCCUGACUCGAAGGAAGUGAGGGAGAGGGAGGGGAUUCCUGAUUUGGAGGAUGAAACAGAGCAAGAGCAGGAAGUGUUGAAAGAGGUUCGAAAGGAGAAGAAGAAGGCUAAUGAGGAUAGUGCAUUUAGAAGGAAUCAUGACGCAGGUGAAGGGACUUCUAGGCAUAGAAAUUUGCAGCAGAAUUCGGGUGAAGGGACUUCAAGGGGUGUGCCGAAGCAGACCAGCAGUGAGGGGAGUUCAGGGACAGUUCACUUGCACAGCAGCGAGAGUUCACUGCACUCUGUCCAUGAGAAAGAGAUAAAGAGCAGUCCUGAUAUAGAUAUGUCGAAAAGUCCCGAAGAAGAGCAUGUGAAGAAAAAGAGGGUAAGCUUUGAGUUUGAGGAGGCAUCGACUAUGGAUGUUGGAUCUUCAAAAGGGAGUAGCUUGACCACAUUGUCAGUACACGGUACAAGGGACGUUCAGGAGGUUGUGAAGGAGAUCAGGGAUGAGUUUGAAACUGCCUCUAGCUAUGGGAAAGAGGUUGCCAUGUUGCUUGAGGUGGGCAAGCUGCCAUAUCAGUCCAGAGUUGCUGCUCUUAAAGUGAUCUUUUCCAGGAUCCUGUGCCUUGUAGCACCUUCCACGUUGGCUUCACAUCCUCCGUCGAAGCCAUCAAUCAGAAUGUCUUCCAAGAUGAUCAAGAUGGCCAAAGGGUACCAUGGAGAGCCUGGGAAAGAUUUCAACCUGAAGUCUGGGAACCUCUCAUCGACUUUGGAGAAACUUCAUGCCUGGGAGAAAAAGCUAUACAAAGAAGUUAAGGAUGAAGAAAAGCUACGGGUUGUCUAUGAAAAGGAGUGCAAGAGAUUGAAAAGACUAGAUGAUCAUGGAGCUGAGUCAGCUAAGAUUGAUGCCGCACAGGCUUCUGUUCGAAAAUUGCUUACGAAAAUUAAUGUUUGUAUCAGAGCUGUGGAUACCAUAUCGAGCAGGAUACAUAAGUUGAGGGAUGAAGAAUUACUGCCCCAAGUAACGGAAUUGAUUCAUGGAUUGAUAAGAAUGUGGAAAUCCAUGCUUAAAUGCCACCAGAAACAGUUCCAAGCUAUUAUGGAGAGCAGAAUUCGAUCCCUUAAGGGGAAUGCCGGCCUUCGGAAAGAUUCUGGUUUGAAAGCUACUCUUGAACUUGAAAUGGAGCUUCUGAGUUGGUGCAGUAACUUUAACAAUUGGGUUAACACCCAGAAAUCUUAUGUACAGUCCUUAAAUGGUUGGCUUUUAAGGUGCAUCAAUAGCGAACCUGAAGAAACUGCCGAUGGAGUUGCUCCGUUCUCCCCAAGCCGGAUCGGAGCUCCUCCUAUUUUUGUAAUAUGCAACGAUUGGUUCCAAGCAAUGGAAAUAAUUUCACAGCAAGCAGUGGCAGAUGCUAUGUAUGAUUUCGCGUCAACCUUACAUCAGUUAUGGGAUAGGCAGGAUGAGGCGCAACGUCAAAGAGUGAAGGCAGAAAACCUCUCCAAGGAUUUAGAGAACCGACUUAAGAAACUGGGCAUGGAGAGGAUGAGAAGGGAGCAUGGCCAUGCAGCAUCAUCAGACAAAUCUGCUCGCUCAAAGACUACUUCGGAAAGUGGAGUUUCAGCACUGGAUGAUCUAAAAGUGGAUUUGGAUUCAAUGAGGAAGAGAUUUUCCGAGGAGAAGGCGAGGCACAAGGAGGCCAUCAAAAUGGUUAACAGUGCUGCUUCGAAUAGUUUGCAGACAGGUUUGAUUCCCAUAUUUGAGGCUUUGGGUAGUUUCACUUCAGAGGCAUUGAAGGUUCAUGAGCAGGUGAGAGUUCAAAAUGUCGGAGGCUCAUAGAGAAGUAGCUUAGCUCCUUAAUUAUAUGUAUAGUCAGUUCAGUCCCUUUAGAUUGAUACAAUUUAGAAUGGUAGAUUAGCUAAGAAGAGAAAAGGGCGCUACAUACAGAAGUGAAAUUAGGCUUUUAUGACAGAGGUUUUAGAAGAUGCUUAGAAGAAGGAAUAGUAGGGUUUUAGAAUCCCUUGGGUUGCCUGGAAGUUGAUUCAUUUCGCGUGAAAUUAGGCUUUUAUGACAGAGGUUUUAGAAGAUGCUUAGAAGAAGGAAUAGUAGGGUUUUAGAAUCCCUUGGGUUGCCUGGAAGUUGAUUCAUUUCGCAUUUUGACUUGAUAUCUAGUUCUCCAACAACCCCUUUUAUUGUACAGAAAAUUGAAAAUUCAUUCAUUGGUUGAUAAAA